GCCUUCUCAUCCAACAUCAGUGUCUGACCUCACAAAUUGUGCAGGCUCAUCAGGCCAGGCAGUGUUUUUCCAGUCUUCUGAUGUCAAGUUUUGACGAGCCUGUGUAGUCUAAUUUUUCCAUUCUUUGCUGGCAGGAGUGACACCAUCACUCCUGUGGCUGGUGUGCAUUCAGAGAUCUGCAUACCUCUGUUGUAACAGGCCGUUGCCUUCCUAUCAGUUUCUCCAUUCUGAUGUUUUCUUGAACUUCAGCAGGUUAUGUUGCCCAACAUAUGUAAACACCACCAUUGUGUUUCUGUUAUUAUUAGAAGAUAAUAAAAUUCAAGUAAUACAGUAAAACGCUAAUAAGAACAUCACCACAUGAAAGUGGGGGUUUUGAAGUAAGCAGCACAGUGAAUUGCAGCAGAGGUGCAGGUAGAGAUCAGGAAUUUGUAGGCAGCACAUAAAAUCAGGAACUGCUGGGAAUCUAUGUUGAACUUGAAUUUCAGCUAGUUUUGCAUGUCAGAGAAGCCUGGCACCACCCAGGUAAGGUGGAGGCUUUCACACGCAAAUGAAAAUGCUGUAAGUUAUAAAAAUGCAAAUGAGGUUGGGGGCGGGGGGCGCCACACCGGCCGGGAGUACCUGUGACCUUAGCCUCGCAUAUAAUUGGAUGAGGUUUCCAUGUGACCAGGAUCUUGCAGGUGAUUGGAGGAACCUCGCGAAGAGCGUCUCUUAUUACCAUAUGAGCAUGUUAUUCUCCGCUUGGUGAGAAGUUGUCAGGCUGGGUAGAUUUAGGACACCGUGUGUUGGCGGCUUGAAUUUUCCGUGCAAUGCCGGGAACUCCCCGCACAGACCGGGGCUGGCUGCUCCGGACAGCAGAGACCACAAACUGCUCACUGCUGUGAGAGGGCUGUCUCGUCAGCUGACUCGGUUUGCUGCUGAUGUGAAUGACCAACUAACAGCGGUAAACGCAAAGCUGCACUCCAUAGACGAGAGGAUGACCGCUUUAGAAGAAGUAGUGAACUCCCGCGCUUGUGUGGAGGAGAAGAGGAAAAGACGGGCGCACAAUCCCAAGAUUGCGGAGGCGGUGCGUCGUUUUCAUAACGCCAAGGGAAAUCGCAAGCGCUAUAAUCCCGAAGAAGGACUGAGCUCGCCUCACAAUGAGGCAGUCACGUCUCAUUUGGUCCAAGCUCUGGCUGAAAGUCCGGAUUUGCACAACCUGGCUAGAGAUGCCAUUCUAUCUGCCUGUAAAACAUACUAUGAGACCAUACGCAGGAAUUUCCGCUACAGCCAGCCGGACCUUGCAGCCCAGGCUGAAGCAAUGAAGACUGCAGCCCGCAGCUGUCAGAGAAGGAAAAGGCUGCUGGAAGCCAGGCAGGGAGUCCUCAGUGCAGAUGAACUGGACUUCUGGAGGGGUGUAACAAUUGAUAUGAUGUCCGAGGAGGAGGAUGGUGCUGUUGAAGGGGUGGCUGGGUGGAUUGUUAGGCCUCCUUCCUUUCGAAGCAAAGAACUCACCGAUCUGUGUGCGACUCUUCAGGCUAGAUUGGAAGCUAAUCCAAAAUACACAUCUACACAUCACAGACGUCUGCAUAUUGGACCGGAUUCAGACAGAAAUCCUCCAAACGCAUACAAUCCAGAUGCAGCAAAGAAACAUUUCAAAGAGCAUCUUAUCCCCCAGAGAGCUAUGAAUCAUCACAACUUUGAGAACGACUGCACUAGUUACAAAACUGAAGAACUACUGAGCUCGCCCGAUGACACAGACUUGCCUCCUUUGGACGACGCUCUAGCUGAAAGUCCAGAACAUCACCGCGUGGAUAAUGAGAUCCUCCGUGUGACUGUGGCCUAAUGAAAUGAAUUAAAUCUCUGACUGAAUGUCACCUCAAGUCAAUCUCCACACUACCACUGACCUGUAUACAUGGGGGGGGGGGACUAGAACGGCAGAGCUGAAAUUAAAAGGAAAUGCUCUUUUGAACUGGUCCUGAGCCUCUCUAUCACAGUAUGACAUGAAGCCGAUGUACAACAGUCCAUUCUUUCCUUUUAGUGUCUCAAUUUUUCCUCUCAGGAGAUCAUCAAGCCUCUGAGAUACAGCAGUUGUUUUAUUUUUUUAUCACACAAUUAUCCAUCCAUUUUCUUAAUCAUUGUCACAGUUGACAUAGGAUGACAAGCAAAUCCAUUACAAAGCUGCAGGAAAUCACUCUCUUAUCCAAACCUGCUGCCAGUUUGAAAUUAACCCGACAAAUAUAUUGUUGGGUUCUGGAAAAUCGUGAAGAAGAAGCAACCAGCAGGAUUUAACCAAGAACUUUGUGGCAAUGUUCAGGCAUCAACAUGGUUCAAUGGUGGUCACAUCCUAGAGACCGCUCUGAGGACUGCUGUCUACAUGUUGUAGCUGAUUAUGGUCAUACAUGACUGGCCUGUGGACUACUCUUGUUAGUGCUGUUAUUGGUCGUUGCCAGCAGCAGAGAAGAGCAAAGUUAAAACACAGAAAGAGCAGAAGUGAAAUAGUGUCCAUUGUGUCUGUUCUUUUCAUGCUUUAUGUUUUUGAUAUGUCUCUCGCGCUUCUCUCGUUUGUGGUGAACACCACUGUUCCAGCCCACUUUUCAACCAGUUAAUGUUCAACCACAUUGAGGGUCCAUGGAGGACGGCACAUAUUCAUGUUUGCAAUAGUUGCAUACCCCUUUCCCUAGUCAAAUACCUAAAAGCAAUACCAUAAAACAGGUUUUUAACUGCUGCACCACUGUGUCACUCCAUGAAACACUUUGUGAGAUAAAGUGAGUGUUGUUUUAAGUUUUAUGCUUGCCUAUUUAUUCAAGCUGACUUUGCUCUUUAUUGUGUUUUUGCGCGUGUGUGUUUGUGUGUGUAUGAGAUCAUGUUGAUGGUGCUAUAAAAAUCUACUUUAUUAUUACUAACUGAUCCAGUAGUUUCCGCUGUAUUUGCAUAUUUGCACUUUCUGCUCACAGGAAACAUAAAUAUAUAGUCUUGGGUGUAACUGCAGAUUUACAGGCCUGAGGAUGUCAGAAGUAAACCCACCAGUUCGUAGGUCUGGGAACAUUAUUGCCAAAAGUACUUGCUUGUCUGCCUUCAUAUGCACAAUAGCUUGAGGGACAUCCCAUUCUUAAGCCAUAGGGUUUAAUAUGAUGUUGGCCCACCCUUUGCAACUCUUCUGGGAAAGCUUUCCACAACGUCUAGGAGCGUGUUUAUGGGAAUUUUUGGCUAUUCUUCCAGAAACACAUUUGU